AUGGAGGACGAGCAGCCAGACAGCUUGGAGGGCUGGGUGCCGGUCCGUGAGGACCUCUUCGCCGAGCCAGAGUGGCACCAGCUGCGCUUCCUGGUGGCCUGGAAUGAUGUGGAGGGCAAGUUCGCCGUGACUUGUCACGACCGCACGGCGCAACGGCGGCGGCGGCGCAAGGGGAGCCAGCAGGGGCCGGACAGCUUGGAGGGCUGGGGGCCCGAACUCGCGCCCGAGGCCGCCGGGCCCCCGCCCAGUUGGGCGGGCCUACUCUCGGCCGCCGGGCUCCGCGGCGCGCACCGGCAGCUGGCAGCGCUGUGGCCGCCGCUCGAGCGCUGCUUCCCGCUGUUGCCGCCGGAGCUAGAUGCGGGCGGCGGCGGGGCCUGGGGCCUGGGGUUCGGGCUGUGGACGCUGGUGUGGCCGGCGCCCGCGGGCCCGAGCGAGGCGGCGCUGCAGGAGCUGUGCGGGCAGCUGGAACGCUACCUCGGCCAGGCGGCCGACGUUAAGUUUUAUUUUAUUAAUUACAAUCCGACAGGAAUGAAGAAACAGAUGGCUCAGGAUGAGAAGAGAUUCGGCCAGGCUGCCUGGGCCACAGCAACUCCCAGGUUGGAAAAACUCAAGCUGAUGUUAGCCCGGGAGACUCUACAACUCAUGAGAGCCAAAGAGCUGUGUUUAAAUCACAGAAGAACUGAAAUUCGGGACAGGAUGGAAGAUCUUCCAGAACAAGAAAAAAAAAUAAACAUUGUAGAUGACUUAAAAUUACAAUAUUAUGAAGUUCAAUUAGAAUUAUAUGAGGUUAAAUUUGAGAUAUUAAAAUAUGAAGAAAUACUUCUUGUUACACAGUUGGACUCCAUUAAAAGACUUAUAAAAGAUAAACAGGAUGAAGUGAUCUACUACGACCCAUGUGAAAGUCCAGAGGAACUUACGGUCAUGGAUGGUGUAAUGGGGCUACAGGAAGAGAAGCAACUGGAGGUGGGGGUGCUCAGCCGGCAGUGCCAGCAGCUGGAGUCAAAGCAGGGCAGCAUCUGUGCCAGGAGAGCCCGUCUCAGGAACAGAAAGGAUCAAUGCAAAGAAAAUCAUCGACUCAGAUUGCAACAGGCUGAAGAAAGAAUAAAAUAUUUUCAUCAGCACCACAGUGUUCAGAGGAAAAGAGACAAGAAAAAAGAGGAGGAGCAAAAGAAAAGAGAGUGGAUAAACCAAGAACGCCAAAAAACCCUCCAACGAUUAAGAGCAUUUAAAGAGAGAUGUCCAGGCCAGCCUGUCCUAAAGCGCUCUUGCUCGCAACCUGUGACUUCAGGCCUGUGGAACGGACUACCCAAGCAGACACCCCUGCCGACUUCUCAGAUGACAGCCGUGCUCCAUCCAUCCCCUAGGAAAACCAGAAGCGCUCCCUUGUCUGAAGUCAGUACUGUGAAAACCCCUGAGCGUGAAGACUGUGCUGGAGAUAGCCCUGUCCCGACUUUUGUUCCAGUUGGUGACCAAACACAUUCCACGUCAAGUGAAGAACUGUCACUGCCACCGUCACCACCCCCUCCGCCUCCCCCGCCACCUCCUCCCCCUCCA